UCCUCUCGCGCAGUCCCUUGCCAGCCCGGGCUCCGGAGAUGCAUCUGCAUCAGGUCCUCACCGGGGCUGUCAACCCUGGAGACAACUGCUACUCCGUGGGCAGCGUCGGGGAUGUCCCCUUCACGGCAUAUGGAUCAGGCUGUGAUAUUGUUAUUUUGGCAAGUGACUUUGAGUGUGUGCAGAUCAUUCCUGGUGCUAAGCAUGGAAACAUCCAAGUCAGCUGUGUGGAGUGUUCUAACCAACAUGGAAGAAUUGCAGCUUCGUAUGGUAAUGCUGUUUGUAUUUUUGAGCCGUUGGGUGUAAAUUCUCAUAAGAGAAAUUGUCAAUUGAAGUGUCAGUGGCUUAAAACUGGGCAGUUUUUUUUGAGCUCUGUGACGUACAAUUUAGCAUGGGACCCUCAAGAUAACAGAUUGUUGACCGCAACUGAUUCUAUUCAGUUGUGGGCUCCUCCAGGAGAUGACAUUCUAGAAGAGGAGGAAGAAAUCGAUAAUAAAAUUCCUCCAGUUUUAAAUGAUUGGAAGUGCAUCUGGCAGUGCAAAACCUCAGUAUCUGUACAUUUGAUGGAAUGGUCCCCUGAUGGUGAAUAUUUUGCUACUGCUGGAAAGGAUGAUUGUCUUUUGAAAGUAUGGUAUCCUAUGACUGGCUGGAAAUCCUCAAUUAUACCUCAGGAUCAUCAAGAAGUGAAAAGGAGACAGGCGUCUACCCAGUUUUCCUUUGUUUAUUUGGCACAUCCCCGAGCUGUGGCAGGUUUCUCAUGGCGUAAAACUAGCAAGUAUAUGCCCAGAGGUUCUGUCUGUAAUGUGUUAUUAACUUCAUGCCAUGAUGGCGUCUGCCGACUCUGGGCAGAAACUGUAUUACCAGAAGAUUGUCUUUUGGGUGAGCAGAUCUGUGAGACUACCACUUCUAGUGUUGCCAGCAACCUCACUCAGGCUGGAAGACACAAAGACAGAAUACAGCAUGCUCUUGAGACAAUACACCAUUUGAAAAAUUUAAGAAAAGGACAGAGGAGGUCUUCUGUUCUUGUGACUCACACUGAAUUAAUGCCUGACCAGACGGCAACGCAUGAAGUUCAGAGACACAUUUCCCACCAUGCCAAUGCUCUAUGUCAUUUCCACAUUGCAGCCAGCAUCAAUCCUGCCACAGAUAUUCCAAAUGUCUUGGUUGGCACUGUAUUUAACAUUGAUGAUGGAAAUGGGGGCUUUGUGGUUCAUUGGUUAAACAACAAAGAGUUUCAUUUUACGUCAUCUACUGAAAUAUUUAUGCAGCAAUUACGAAAACUUUCUGAGAAGCAGAUAGAUCAUGAAAGUGGUGAAGGAGAUAGAGAAGAUGAGGAACGUUCACAGGAGGAAAAAGAGAGGGGUUUACAUAUGAAACUAGAUCAUGAAUUAUCCCUGGAUAGAGAAUCUGAGGCAGGUACAGGAUCGUCAGAACAUGAAGAUGGAGAAAGAGAGGGAAGUCCCAGAACCUUUUCACGACCUAGUGUACCAAUGCCACUGCCUACAGUCCUGCUUGAUCGGAAGAUUGAAAUGCUGCUAACUGAAUGGAAUAAGAAUCCUGACAUGCUUUUUACUAUACACCCUGUAGAUGGUACCUUUCUAGUGUGGCAUGUAAAGUAUUUGGAUGAAUAUAAUCCUGGAAUAUUUAGACAAGUCCAGGUGUCUUUUUCUUCUCGGAUUCCUGUUGCAUUUCCCUCUGGUGAUGCGAGUUCUCUUAGUAAAAAUAUCAUGAUGUAUGCCUGCAUAAAUGCUACGAAAGAUUCUCCUCACACUCUGUUACACCAAGAGAUGAUGGCUGUAGGCAGUCCUCACGGAUCACAAUCGUACUCCAGAUCACACACUACAAAUAUGAACAUUUUAGCUCCUACAGUAAUGAUGGUCUCCAAACACAUAGAUGGUUCUUUAAAUCAGUGGGCAGUCACUUUUGCAGAUAAGUCUGCCUUUACCACGGUUCUGACUGUAUCUCACAAAUUUAGAUACUGUGGUCAUCGAUUUCACCUCAAUGACUUGGCAUGUCAUUCAGUUUUACCAUUGUUACUGACAUCCUCUCAUCAUAAUGCUCUGUUGACUCCUGAAUUAGACUGUCAGUGGGACUCAGACAAUAAAGUAAGUAGAUUGAUGGAUCCUGUAAGACAUAUAAAAGGUUCCUCAAAACAACCUCUUAGAAAUGCAGCGACACGUACAUUUCAUGACCCGAAUGCAAUAUAUAGUGAGCUUAUUCUGUGGCGUGUAGACCCAAUAGGACCUUUGUCUUACACUGGAGGAGUAUCAGAAUUGGCUCGAAUUAACUCUUUACAUACAUCAGCCUUCUCUAAUGUUGCUUGGCUUCCGACUCUUAUUCCCAGCUAUUGUCUUGGCACAUACUGCAAUUCUGCAAGUGCUUGCUUUGUUGCUUCUGAUGGCAAAAAUUUGAGACUCUAUCAAGCUGUGGUGGAUGCAAGGAAAUUAUUGGAUGAAUUAUCAGAUCCUGAAUCUUCGAAACUCAUUGGAGAAGUGUUUAAUAUCGUGAGCCAACAGUCUACUGCUCGACCUGGCUGCAUUAUUGAACUCGAUGCAAUAACCAACCAAUGUGGCUCAAAUACACAGUUGCUUCAUGUAUUUCAAGAAGACUUCAUUAUAGGAUACAAACCACAUAAGGAAGAUAUGGAGAAAAAGGAAACAGAAAUUUUUUUUCAGCCUUCACAAGGAUAUCGUCCACCACCAUUUUCAGAAAAGUUCUUUCUAGUAGUAAUUGAAAAGAACAGCAAUAAUUACUCUAUUCUCCAUAUGUGGCACCUUCAUCUUAAAUCUGUACAAGCAUGCUUAGCUAAACCUUCAGAAGGCUUUUCAUCAGAGAGUCUACUUUCAGUCCCUGGACAGAAGAAUGUAGACUCUUCUCCAGAAACCUCGCCUAGUGUGAGCCCCAUGCCACACUCUGCCUCAAUUGCCAAUCUACAAACUGCUAGCAAACUUAUUCUGAGUUCUAGACUGGUCUACAGCCAACCUCUUGAUCUCCCAGAAGGAGUUGAAGUAAUAAGAGCAACACCUUCCGCAGGCCAUCUGAGUUCUUCUUCAAUUUAUCCGGUGUGCCUUGCCCCUUAUUUAGUGGUUACAACUUGUUCUGACAAUAAAGUACGCUUCUGGAAGUGUAGUAUGGAAACCAACCCUCAGUGCCAAAGCGAUGAGAAGGAAACUUACCAUUGGAGGAGAUGGCCCUUGAUGAAUGAUGAAGGAGAAGAUAACAGCAGUACAGUGAGCAUUGUGGGAAGACCAGUUGCUGUUAGUUGUUCAUACACAGGCCGCCUUGCCGUGGCUUACAAACAACCUGUCCACCACAAUGGUUUUGUUUCUAAAGAAUUUUCCAUGCAUGUUUGCAUCUUUGAAUGUGAAUCUACGGGAGGAUCAGAAUGGGUUUUAGAGCAAACAAUUCAUCUUGAUGAUUUGGUCAAGGUUGGCAGUGUACUUGAUUCGAGGGUCAGUGUUGACAGUAAUCUGUUUGUGUAUAGCAAAUCAGAUGCGCUUUUGAGCAAAGAUAGAUACCUUAUUCCAAAUAUCAAACAUUUAGUACAUUUGGACUGGGUUUCAAAAGAAGAUGGUUCCCACAUUCUCACAGUGGGGGUUGGUGCUAAUAUCUUCAUGUAUGGACGACUCUCAGGAAUUGUGACUGAGCAAAUCAAUAGUAAGGAUGGAGUGGCUGUCAUUACUUUACCACUAGGUGGUAGUAUCAAGCAAGGAGUUAGGUCAAGAUGGGUUCUUCUUCGUUCUAUAGACUUGGUGUCCUCUGUGGAUGGUACACCUUCGCUGCCUGUUUCUCUCUCCUGGGUGAGAGACGGGAUAUUGGUGGUGGGCAUGGAUUGUGAAAUGCACGUGUAUGCACAAUGGAAGCAUGCGGUCAAAUUUGGAGACAUUGAAGUGGAUAGUCCUGAUGCAGAAGAGACAGCAACACAAGAUCAUUCUGCCUUUAAAUCUAAUAUGUUGUCAAGAAAAAGUAUUGUUGAAGGCACAGCUGUUGCUGAUGAUGUGUUUUGCUCACCAACUGUGGUUCAGGAUGGCGGCUUAUUUGAGGCCGCACAUGUACUUUCCCCUACUCUCCCUCAAUAUCAUCCAACUCAGCUGUUAGAAUUGAUGGAUUUAGGGAAAGUUCGAAGGGCUAAAGCUAUUCUCUCUCAUUUAGUGAAAUGCAUUGCAGGUGAAGUUGCAAUAGUUAGAGAUGCUGAUGCUGGAGAAGGGACUAAGCGACAUCUUUCCCGAACCAUUAGUGUAAGUGGCAGUACGGCGAAGGAUACAGUCACCAUAGGAAAGGAUGGCACUCGAGAUUAUACCGAAAUAGAUUCUAUUCCUCCACUGCCAUUAUAUGCACUGCUUGCUGCGGAUCAGGAUACAACCUACAGAAUUUCAGAAGAGAGUACGAAAAUACCCCAGAACUUUGAAGAUCAUACCAAAAGUGAACCAGAAGAUCAGUAUUCAGAGCUGUUCCAAAUCCAGGAUAUAACCACAGAUGAUAUAGAUUUAGAGCCAGAACAGAGAGAAAACAAAUCGAAAGUAAUAAAUCUUUCUCAGUAUGGACCUGUUUACUUUGGCCAGGAACACGCUAGGGUACUUUCAAGUCACCUUAUGCACUCGAGUCUACCAGGCCUUACCCGUUUGGAGCAGAUGUUCCUCGUGGCUUUGGCUGAUACGGUGGCCACCACCAGCACAGAGCUUGACGAAAACAGAGAUAAGAGUUACUCAGGAAGAGACACACUAGACGAGUGUGGUUUGAGAUACUUAUUGGCUAUGCGUUUGCACACAUGCCUUUUGACAUCGCUGCCUCCUUUAUACCGAGUACAGCUACUUCAUCAAGGUGUGUCUACCUGCCAUUUUGCCUGGGCUUUUCAUUCUGAGGCUGAAGAAGAACUGAUAAAUAUGAUUCCGGCAAUUCAGAGAGGGGACCCUCAGUGGUCUGAGUUAAGAGCUAUGGGAAUAGGUUGGUGGGUCAGGAAUAUUAACACUCUUCGAAGAUGCAUUGAAAAGGUUGCCAAAGCUUCUUUCCAGAGGAACAAUGAUGCCUUGGACGCUGCGCUGUUCUACCUUUCCAUGAAGAAGAAAGCAGUAGUGUGGGGUCUGUUUAGAUCACAGCAUGAUGAAAAGAUGACAACAUUUUUUAGCCACAACUUUAAUGAAGAUAGGUGGCGUAAAGCUGCUUUGAAAAAUGCUUUCUCUUUACUUGGAAAACAACGCUUUGAACAAUCUGCUGCUUUUUUCUUGUUAGCUGGUUCAUUGAAAGAUGCCAUAGAGGUAUGUCUUGAAAAAAUGGAAGAUAUUCAGCUAGCCAUGGUUAUUGCCCGUUUGUAUGAAUCCGAAUUUGAGACGUCAUCCACUUAUAUAUCCAUCCUAAAUCAGAAGAUUCUGGGUUGCCAAAAGGAUGGCUCAGGAUUCGAUUGCAAAAGAUUACAUCCUGAUCCUUUCCUGCGUAGUCUUGCCUAUUGGGUAAUGAAAGAUUAUACCCGAGCUUUGGACACAUUAUUGGAGCAGACCCCAAAGGAGGAUGAUGAACAUCAAGUUAUCAUCAAAUCUUGUAACCCAGUGGUGUUUAGUUUCUACAACUACCUUCGAACGCAUCCUUUGCUUAUUCGAAGAAACCUUGCCUCCCCUGAAGGAACUUUGGCAACCUUAGGUCUCAAAACUGAAAAAAACUUCGUUGAUAAAAUUAACCUUAUAGAAAGGAAAUUAUUCUUUACCACUGCCAAUGCUCAUUUUAAAGUUGGAUGCCCUGUUCUAGCCUUGGAGGUACUUUCCAAAAUUCCAAAAGUUACCAAAAUAUCUGCCUUACCUUUGAAAAAAGGUCAGCCUGACUUGAUUCCUAAAAAGACAGAUGGUGAACCUUCAGAAUCAAAGACUAUGAGCGAUGACAGUGGGCGUUCUGGCAUUGACUGGUCUGGUGUAACUUCAUCACAGUUUGACUGGAGCCAGCCAAUAGUAAAAGUGGAUGAGGAGCCUCUUAAUCUUGAUUGGGGUGAAGAGCAUGACAGUGCCUUAGAAGAAGAGGAAGAAGAUGCUGCUGGUUUAAUAAUGAAAAGUGCAGAUGCCAGGGAGACAGACAGACAAGAUCAGAAAGCCUCAGACCCUAAUGUAUUACUGACUCCUCAGGAAGAGGACUGUCUGGAAGGUGAUACUGAAGUUGACGUGAUUGCUGAGCAAUUAAAAUUCAGAGCUUGUUUAAAGAUCCUUAUGACUGAGCUAAGAACACUGGCUACAGGUUAUGAAGUAGAUGGUGGAAAACUCAGAUUUCAGCUCUAUAACUGGCUUGAAAAGGAAAUCGCUGCCUUGCAUGAGAUAUGUAACCAUGAAUCAGUUAUUAAAGAAUAUGCCAGGAAAACACAUCCCAAGGUAGAGAGUGAUCUUCUGGACCAGGAAGAGAUGAUGAACAAACCAGAUAUAGGUUCCUAUGAGCGCCACCAAAUAGAAAGACGGAGAUUGCAGGCAAAACGGGAACAUGCAGAAAGACGAAAGUUGUGGUUACAGAAAAACCAAGAUCUCCUGAGAGUGUUUCUUAGUUACUGUAGCCUUCACGGGGCCCAGGGUGGUGGUCUGGCCUCGGUAAGGAUGGAACUCAAAUUUUUGCUACAAGAAUCACAGCAGGAGACCACAGUGAAGCAACUCCAGUCUCCACUUCCGUUGCCCACCACCCUACCUCUGCUUUCAGCAAGUAUUGCUUCAACAAAAACAGUCAUAGCUAACCCUGUAUUAUACCUAAAUAAUCACAUCCAUGAUAUACUUUACACUAUUGUUCAGAUGAAAACACCACCUCAUCCCAGUGUUGGAGAUGUGAAGGUGCACACCCUUCAUUCACUAGCAGCAUCACUUUCUGCAUCAAUUUACCAGGCAUUAUGUGACAGUCAUAGCUACAGCAGUCAAACAGAAGGAAACCAGUUUACAGGAAUGGCUUAUCAGGGACUUCUUUUAAGUGAUCGCCGAAGGCUGAGGACAGAAAGCAUUGAAGAGCAUGCAACACCAAAUUCUUCUCCUGCUCAAUGGCCUGGUGUGAGCUCACUCAUUAAUCUCUUGAGUUCAGCUCAAGAUGAAGAUCAGCCAAAACUGAACAUUUUGUUGUGUGAAGCUGUUGUUGCUGUUUACUUAAGUUUAUUGAUACAUGCUCUAGCUACAAAUUCUUCCAAUGAACUGUUUCGACUUGCAGCCCACCCAUUAAAUAAUCGAAUGUGGGCUGCUGUUUUUGGAGGGGGUGUGAAACUUGUUGUGAAACCUCAAAGGCAAUCAGAAAAUAUUUCAGCACCUCCUGUUCCUUCUGAAGACAUAGAUAAACACCGUAGGAGAUUUAACAUGCGAAUGCUUGUCCCCGGAAGACCUGUAAAAGAUGCUACCCCACCACCGGUGCCUGCAGAGAGACCAUCUUACAAAGAAAAAUUUAUUCCUCCUGAACUUAGUAUGUGGGAUUAUUUUGUUGCAAAGCCAUUUCUCCCUUUGUCUGAUAGCGGUGUUAUAUAUGAUUCUGAUGAAAGCAUUCAUAGUGAUGAAGAAGAAGAUGAUGCUUUUUUCUCAGAUACACAAAUACAAGAGCACCAAGAUCCAAAUUCUUAUAGCUGGGCUCUUCUGCAUUUGACAAUGGUUAAGCUAGUACUUCACAAUGUCAAGAAUUUCUUUCCCAUUGCUGGGUUGGAAUUCUCUGAGUUGCCUGUGACAUCACCAUUAGGUAUUGCUGUGAUUAAAAACUUGGAGAACUGGGAACAGAUCUUGCAAGAGAAAAUGGAUCAGUUUGAAGGUCCACCCCCUAACUAUAUCAACACAUACCCAACUGACCUUUCAGUGGGAGCCGGACCAGCUGUUCUUCGAAAUAAAGCAAUGCUAGAGCCGGAAAAUACUCCAUUCAAAUCCCGGGAUUCUUCUGCACUCCCAGUCAAACGACUCUGGCAUUUCCUUGUUAAACAAGAAGUCCUUCAAGAGACAUUUAUUAGAUAUAUUUUCACGAAGAAAAGAAAACAGAGUGAGGUUGAAGCUGAUUUGGGCUAUCCAGGUGGGAAGGCGAAAAUCAUUCAUAAGGAAUCGGAUAUGAUCAUGGCAUUUUCCAUUAAUAAGGCGAACUGUAAUGAAAUUGUCUUGGCUUCAACGCAUGAUGUACAAGAACUCGAUGUUACCUCUCUGUUGGCCUGUCAGUCAUAUAUAUGGAUUGGAGAAGAAUAUGACCGAGAAUCCAAAAGUUCAGAUGAUAUCGAUUAUCGUGGUUCCACAACAACGCUUUAUCAACCCAGUGCAACGUCCUACUCAGCAAGUCAGGCGCACCCACCGUCAUCUCUGCCCUGGCUGGGCAGUGGGCAGACCAGCACUGGAGCCGGUGUGCUGAUGAAAAGAAAUCUACAUAAUGUUAAGAGAAUGACCUCCCACCCAGUCCAUCAGUACUAUCUCACAGGAGCUCAGGAUGGCAGUGUGCGAAUGUUUGAGUGGACACGACCUCAGCAACUUGUCUGUUUCCGCCAGGCAGGCAAUGCAAGAGUUACCAGAUUAUAUUUUAAUUCACAAGGCAACAAGUGUGGUGUUGCGGACGGAGAGGGUUUUCUGAGUAUCUGGCAAGUAAACCAGACAGCAUCAAAUCCUAAGCCUUACAUGAGUUGGCAGUGCCACAGUAAAGCCACAAGUGACUUCGCAUUUAUUACCUCUUCAAGUCUAGUUGCCACAUCUGGACAGUCCAAUGACAAUAGAAAUGUAUGCCUGUGGGACACAUUGAUAUCCCCUGGAAACAGCCUCAUUCAUGGUUUCACAUGCCACGAUCAUGGCGCCACGGUCCUUCAGUACGCGCCCAAGCAGCAGCUCCUAAUCUCUGGAGGUAGGAAAGGCUGCAUCUGCAUUUUUGACAUCAGGCAGAGACAGCUGAUUCACACAUUCCAGGCACAUGACUCCGCUAUUAAGGCCCUGGCUCUGGACCCCUGUGAGGAAUAUUUUACUACAGGGUCAGCAGAAGGUAACAUAAAGGUUUGGAGACUGACAGGCCAUGGCCUGAUUCAUUCAUUCAGAAAUGAGCACGCUAAGCAGUCCAUAUUCAGAAACCUCGGGGCUGGCGUCACGCAGAUCGACAUCAUCCCGGGCAACCGGAUCUUCUCCUGCGGGGCCGAUGGCACGCUAAAAACCAGGGUGUUGCCCAGUGCUUUUAACAUCCCCAACAGAAUUCUCGACAUUCUCUAGACUUAAAGGUUUGGGCUUUAUUUUUAUGAACAUUUUAAUGAGAAUACACUGUCGUAAUGAAUAGGCGUUUCUGCUUCUUAAGCAGCUGUUCACACUGAAAACAAUGCAGAGAAUCCCUGUUGUAGAAUCUGAGACUGACCCCAGCUGAGAGUUGCCCAUACCGGUUGGUAGACUGACUGCAUGUACCUUAUUCUCACGCUGACAUACUCUAAAACAAAACAAAACCCUACUGUUGUAUGAAGGGUAGCUAUUCUUUACAGCAUUUAGUAAACCUGAUUCAGAAAGCAUUUGAGGUUAGAAAGUAUGUUAAUAAGUUAUAGUAAUGGGAAGGACGUUUAUACCAAAUUAAGGAGGAAAAUGUUGCUGAUUCAGGUUUUUCUUCCUAGUCUUACCACUGAUGGAAGCAUGCCCGCAGGCUCCUGUGUUCAGGGAAGGAUAGUCACAGGGUGUGAGAAGGUCUAGAUCACCAGAAGCCCUUUCUGAGCUGUGGCGCAGCGUGCAGGGACCAUUUCUCUGCUGGGAGAGGUCAUUUCCAUUCUUUUCUGCUGAUUAUUUUUCCUGUUAGUGUUUUUACUGAGCUAGUACUGUAACUUGCAAAUGAGUGCAAAUUUAAAUGCAACGUUUUUCCUUACGAUUUGCACACUCACAUUUUUUGGACUGCUAGUUUUUCUAUUUAAAUAUCUGCCUUCAUGUUAGGAAUGUAAUAUGUGAACAUGACAUAUUUGUAGUUGACUGAACAUACCAGUUUAGUACUUUUUCUUUCAGGGUUAAACACCCCCCCCACAUUUAAGGCUAUGCUGAAACUACACCAAUAGAGCAUUUCAUAUCAUAAUUUAAAUGAAUGUUAGGCUUUUUGUGGCCAGUUAAUAGUUGAUGAGAUCGGUGAUAUUAUUUAUUACCACAGCCUAUUGUAUAAACUAUGCAGAGUUAAAAUAUUAUUUGCUUAUAAAUUAUUAGCCAAUGUUGUCAUAUUUUGAUGUACCUCCUUGGUUAUGACCAAAAAAUGUUCUUGAGAUAUUGAAACCAAUGUCUGUGUGUUUAAAUGUUUACCAGCAAAUUAUCUCAUCAUGUUAAUGAGAAUGUUUAAUGCCUGUGUGGUAAAUAGUAAAAAUAUAAUGGCAUAAAAGCACCUUUCUCUGGAGGCGAUGUGAUGUUCGGGCUGUGAAAUACAUAUGUAAAAGAAAAAUAAAUGUUAUUUGUUAGAGUUUUA